AUGUCGUCGGACCUAGACAUUACCAAGCCAUGGCCAGUCCAUGAGAUCGUCUACACUGCGAUCGUCGGCACGCUCAUGCUGGCUGCUGUCCUCGAGUGGAUAUUAUGGAUUGCCGCCUUCUUGUACUGCUUGAUCAAGGUCUUUCAAAAAGCUGAACAUUGGACCAUAAGGGUGCUGGCUGUCAUCAUUGGCGUAUUAUUCACACUGUUACGCGCCAUUUUCUUGCCGAUCAUGGUCGUCACACUCCCACUACCAAGUGUCAUUGUGCAGUACUGGCCCGAAGAAAUGGUCGUAGUCCUCCAAUGGUUCGCAUUUUGGAGUUUUGCUGGUCUUUUGACCGUGCCAUGGCUGUUCUGUGUCUAUCAACUUGUCACGCACCAACUAGGCAGGACAAAGCGCAUCAAGAAAGUCCUGGACGAGGUCUCUGCCCCCAAGGUCGUCAUCGUGAUGCCUUGUUACAAGGAAGAUCCAGAUGUUCUAGUCACGGCCAUCAACUCAGUGGUAGACUGCGACUAUCCUCCUUCCUGUAUCCAUGUCUUCCUGUCUUUUGACGGAGAUCAAGAAGACGAGCUGUACCUCAACACCAUUGAAAAGCUUGGUGUGCCACUAACCCUCGAAUCGUACCCAAAGAGCAUCGAUGUUACUUACAGAGCUGCUCGCAUCACUGUCUCUCGAUUCCCACACGGCGGAAAGCGACAUUGCCAAAAGUCUACUUACAAACUGAUCGACAAGGUGUACACUGGUUAUCUUAAGCGCAACGACAAUCUUUUCGUUCUUUUCAUUGACUCCGACUGCAUUCUUGAUCGCGUUUGUCUUCAGAACUUCAUCUACGACAUGGAGUUGAGCCCUGGAAACCACAGAGAUAUGUUGGCCAUGACUGGUGUCAUCACUUCUACAACCAAGUCGCACAGUGUUAUUACUCUGCUUCAGGAUAUGGAGUAUAUCCACGGCCAACUUUUCGAGAGAACUGUCGAGUCUGGAUGCGGAGCUGUCACUUGUUUACCAGGUGCCUUGACCAUGCUCCGAUUCUCGGCCUUCCGACGCAUGGCCAAAUACUACUUUGCCGACAAGGCGGAAGAAUGCGAGGACCUCUUCGACUUUGCCAAGAGCCAUCUAGGAGAGGAUCGGUGGCUCACUCACCUGUUCAUGAUCGGUGCAAAGAAGCGGUACCAGAUUCAGAUGUGCACAUCAGCCUUUUGCAAGACGGAGGCAGUGCAGACAGUGGCAUCGCUGAUCAAGCAAAGACGACGAUGGUUCCUCGGUUUCAUCACGAAUGAAGUCUGCAUGCUGACUGAUUGGCGUUUGUGGAAACGGUACCCAAUUUUGCUCGUGGUCCGAUUCAUGCAGAAUACUAUUCGAACGACAGCACUACUCUUCUUCAUCAUGGUCUUGGCCAUCAUCACAACAACAAAGAAGGUGUCCGACUUACCAGUUGGAUUCAUUGCCAUCUCGCUCGGAUUAAACUGGCUCAUGAUGAUCUACUUUGGUAUGAAGCUCAAGCGCUUCAAGAUAUGGUUGUAUCCCAUGAUGUUUGUUUUGAAUCCAUUCUUCAACUGGUACUACAUGGUAUACGGUAUCUUUACUGCAGGCCAACGCACCUGGGGAGGCCCCCGUGCAGACGCUGCCAAGGCAGAUGAGGGCACCACACCGCAGCAGGCUGUCGAACAGGCAGAGAAGCAAGGCGACGAGCUCAACGUUGUCCCAGAGACUUUCAUUCCCGCGGUCGAGAAGAAGUCCUCCAUCAAGCGAUCCAAGAGCAAGUUGCAGCCACCAGAGAAGGCAGAGGGCAAGUUUGCUGUUCGGGAGAGGAAGCCCAAUGGCUUCUAUGCUCAUCCAGAAGAGUCAGUGUACAGUGUCAACUUAUUGGCUGGCUCAUCUUCCGAACUGCCUACACAUCGUUACGAACUUCCCCAUCGCGACUCAUGGGAAAGUUUCAUGAAUGGUGCUUCAGGAAAUCAGUCAGUCUACUUCCCGCGCAGGGUUGAGAGUAUAAUGGGCGAAGAGGAUCGCAAGAAGUACGAGAUGGCACAGCAGAAUCAGUACAAUCAGUUCUUGGGCAAGUCGAAACAGUUCGCCGUUCCGCCGCCUGGCCAAGUCUAUGAGAUAUCCGAUACCGAGCUCAAUAAAGCCGGAUGGACGGAUCCAGUAGAUGCUCCAUACUCUGACAAUGUCCCGGACAGCCAUCAGCGAAAGGGAAGCGCCGCUAGUAGCAGCAAGGACUUUGACACAGCGGAGAUCGAGCAUGCCAACGAACCACGGGGGCAACGAGGGUCGCCACUUGGCGUGCCGGGCACUGCACAGAAUCGCCCUCGGAACGGACGCAGUCCACUGGGUCGCGCGAGCUGGAUGAGAACUUCCGCGGCUGAUGAGCUUGAGAUGGAUGGCCUAGAGUCAGAGUCGAGAGAUGCGUCUCCAGCCCCGUCAUUUUCUACCAAGCAAGGCGAUUCGCGAAAGUCCAAGUAG